AUGUCGUCUCUCGCUCGUCUUCUCCUCCGUGACACCUCCAGCAUCAGGACCAUCACGAACCGCCGCCUUUUCUCCGCCGUGAGCGCUGCUUCAGCCGCAACCUCGGAACGAAGACCGUCCCUCAUCAACCUCGUAAAUGAAGAAAGCGACCCGAAAUACAUCACGGAGAAGUUCAAGAAGGCCUGCCAAGCGGAAUGGUUCCGGAAAAAUAUAGCAGUCUAUGAGAGAACCGUUCGCCGUCUCGCCGCAGCCAAGAAGUUUGAGUGGAUCGAGGAGAUCCUGGAGGAGCAGAAUAAGUACCCAAACAUGUCAAAGGAAGGGUUCGUGGCCAGGAUUAUCAGUCUGUAUGGACGGGCCGGUAUGUUUGAGAAUGCACAGAAGGUGUUCGACGAAAUGCCUGAGAGAAACUGCAAAAGAACAGUGUUGUCUUUCAACUCUUUGCUUAAUGCGUGUGUGAACUCCAAGAAGUUCGAUUUGGUUGAAGGUAUCUUCAAGGAGUUGCCAGGUAAACUCUCGAUUGAACCAGAUAUUGCAUCUUACAAUACUUUGAUCAAGGGAUUGUGUGGAAAGGGUUCCUUAUCCGAAGCUGUUGCUUUGAUUGAUGAGAUUGAGAACAAGGGUCUGAAACCUGAUCAUAUUACCUACAACGUACUUUUACAUGGGUCGUAUAAAAAAGGGGACUUUAAGCAGGGAGAAGAGAUAUGGGCUAGAAUGUUAGAGAACAAUGUGACAAGAGACAUACGUGGUUACAAUGCUCGGUUGUCAGGAUUAGCCAUGGAGAUGAAAUCAGAAGAGAUGGUUAGUCUCUUUGACGAACUUAAGGCUAAUGGGAUCAAACCUGAUGUAUUCACAUUCACUGCUAUGAUUAGAGGAUGUGUGGCUGAAGGAAAAGUGGACGAGGCCAAAACUUGGUACAAAGAAGUCGAGAAGAAUGGUUGUCGCCCAAUGAAAUAUAUAUUUUCCUCAUUGCUCCCUGCAAUGUGUAAGGCGGGCGAUUUAGAGUCCGCUUUUGAGCUCUCCAAGGAGAUAUUCAGUAAGCGUCUACUUGUCGAGCAGGCCAUCUUGCAGGAGGUGGUUGAUGAAUUGGUGAAAGGGUCAAAGCAAGACGAAGCUGAAGAGAUCGUCGAGCUCGCCAAGACGAAUGACUAUUUGCAGUUCAAGCUACGUCUCUCUUCCGAAGAGUAG